AUGGCGUAUCCGACUCUGCCCACGAACCUCCCUCCGGGGACACCGCAGCGACCCCUGCCUGGAGCGUUCCUACAGACUCCAGCAGUGCCCCGAAAUGACGCCCCCCGAUCUCCGCCACAGCCCCUCCCGGUGCAGACGCCAUUGCCCAAUAUGGCCCCGGCGAUCGUCCAGACAUCCAACCGAGCCUUGAGCGUGGAAGAGCGUGGGGCGCACACCAUCAACAAUACCCUGGCGCAAGAAGCUCGCUUUCCGGACCUGGACAGCUAUCUGUCGCAGGGAUUCUCAUCCGACUAUGAUAUCCCCACGAGCCCGUCAUGGGCGCCGUUCCAGAAAGUCAAAAUGUACAACAUCCCCGAUCAAAUCUUCGAUCAAUACAAUCGUGCCCAGGUGUCGACAAGUAUGGGUUUGUUCGCCGAGAUCAACCACGCGUGGGUGGCCAUUGACAACGCACUGUACCUGUGGGACUUUAAAGCCAACAACCCCGAGCUGGUUGGAUUCGAGGAACAGCCGAACAGCAUCAACGCGGUGAAGCUGGUCAAGCCGCGCCCCGGUGUAUUUUUGCCCAACAUUUCGCACCUGCUCGUGGUGGCUACGACAGCGGAGGUGAUCAUACUGGCUAUGAGCUGCGAGAUGGACAAUGAGCGUUUCAAGGUGUCUUUGUUCGAAACGAAAAUGGCAGUGCCUGUUCGGGGACUGGACAUCCAUGUGAUUGCCGCUUCGGACCAGACCGGUCGCAUUUUCUUUGGAGGAUCGACUGACAACCAUGUGUGGGAGCUCACCUAUCAGCAAGAGGAGCGGUGGUUCUACAACCGUUGCGCCAAAGUGAACCACACUCGGUCUAGGCUUGCAGCAUUCAAGCCAUCGAUGAGCAUGCCCAACCUUGCCCUUGCGCAGAGAGCUGGUGUGGAACACGUCGAGCAGAUGGUGAUUGAUGACAGCCGAAGACUGCUGUACACCCUGUCUAAUGAGUCCACAAUUCGAGUGCUUCACUUUAAGAAUGAUGGUAGCGUCUCUGUGGCCAUCACUAAGCGGGCCGUAGACAUUUACGCCAACAUCGGACAUACCAUUGCGUCCCACGAGACGCUGAACCCGAAAGUGAAGAUCGUCUCCAUCAGCCCUGUCCCCGAGGCAGAGGCCAAACGGUAUCAUUUGGUUGCAACCACCGCCACUGGAUACCGAGUUUACCUCAGUGCCACUGGUUCUUACAGCUGGGACCCCCAGCAGGUUGGAGCGGAUGCCCCGACUAGCAUGCAGGCGCAACAUAUCAAGACUCCGCCGGUUGAUAUCGCUCUGGAUGCCAGAGAUGUUAACGGAAACCGGAUUCAAUCGCUUGCCGCAAGAGGUCCGCUCCAGUCCCUUUCACCGACUCGUUUGGCGGCACGCUUCCCUCCCGGCUACUUCUUCUGUUUCACCUGCCGGGAUCCCACACAACGCGAGGAUACCCUGUUCAUCUCCGCUCCUGACUCUGGUCGACUUGCGCGCCCACAUGAGAGCUCGACUGCCGCUCAGGCUCCGGAAUCGGCUAUCUGGUUGAACCUCGGCGGCAAGGCUGAGGACAUUGGGCUAUGCUCGGCGCCUCUGCCAGCUACUGCCGGCGGGUUCGGUAAUGAGAUGGCGGUUCAGUUUGAUCAACCUGCUGCGCAGGUGGCAAUUCUGACCAACACUGGAAUCCACAUCAUCCGUCGCCGACGCCCCGUGGAUAUCUUUGCGUCCCUGGCGCGUAGCGGAAGUCUGAGUCAUGACGGCUUGGAUGAGGUGCUCAAGGCAUUCAGUCUUGGAUUUGGGCGAGCGGAGACUCUGGCGACGGCCCUCGCCGUGGCCUGUGGCCAAGGAGAGGAGAUCGCCCAUGACCAGCGUAUGACCCAGAUCAGUGAUCCCGACGUGCUUGAGUUCGCGCGCAAGAUCUUUGUCGGGUUCGGUGGCAAGCCCACACCAAACCAAGAUAUUAGUGACGGUACUGCUCUCACCAUCGAUGAUGUGACUCCUUCACCCCGACACCAAGGUAUUGCACUGUACAUUUCGCGUCUUCUCCGAUCGAUUUGGAAGAAGGAGGUCAGUACAAUUGGCAAGGCGUCGGAUGGUGGAAUGACUGUUGCUGCCUCGGUCGCCACUGCCAAACUGCAGAGCAUCCAACAGAGUCUCUCGUCUCUCCAAGAGUUCUUCAAGGUCAACCGCAGCUUCAUUGAAGGUCUGAGCGGUCCCGAUGCUCUUGCCCGGGCCGAGUCCAAGGCCGCGGUCAUUGAACUGCAGGCCGAACACCGUGCUGUCCAUUCGCUGGUGCAGCUGGUAUCCCACACUAUCGAGGGCAUUUCCUUUGUCCUCGUUCUCUUUGAUGAGCGGGUGGAUGAGAUUGUGAACACACUUCCUGACGAGUCGAAGCACCGGUUUUUGAAGCUUACCUUCGAGGAGCUCUUCAGCACCAGCAAGGGUCAUGAGAUUGCCAAGGAGCUGGUGAAGGGUAUCGUCAACCGCAACAUUGCUAAGGGCUCAAAUGUGGAGACGAUUGCGGAUGCUCUCCGCCGUCGAUGCGGCAGCUUCUGCAGCCCGGAGGAUGUGGUGAUUUUCAAGGCCCAGGAGCUGCUCAAGCGUGCUUCUGAGGCUGGUGCUAACUCUGACUUGGGCCGGAACCUCCUGAACGAAAGCCUCAAGCUUUUCCUGGAGGUGGCUGAGAACCUCCCGAUGGACUACCUGGUUUCUGCCGUGGAUACGUACAUUAACACACAAUUCUUUGCUGGAGCCAUUCAAUUAUGUCUCAACGUCGCCGGCGUUUCCGACAAAGCCAACCUUGCCCUGUCCUGGAUCAUGGAUGGUCGUCCCGAACAGGUGCCUAUGCCUUCCCAUGCCCACGGCGAAAGUCCCCCGCUCAUCACUCUACAGGACUCUCGCAAGGAACACUUCUACUUCCGCAAGCAAUGUUACGACCUGGUGUCGAAGGUAAUUGUCGCUGUGGACAAUCUCACCGCUUCGGACCCUGGUUUCAUUGAUGGGCAACCCACCCAGAUUGCCAAACGACAGAACGAGGCUUAUUGCGUGAUUUCCGGUUCGCAAGACGAGGUGUUCUUGACCAGUCUGUACGACUGGUAUUUGGAACAGGGCUGGAGCGACCGUCUCCUGCAGACUCAGUCCCCGUUCGUGGUCACGUAUCUCGAACGCAAGUCCGCCGACGAUAUCGCUCAUGCCGAUCUGCUGUGGCGUUAUUACGCCCAGUCACAACGGUUCUUCGAGGCCGCCAAGGUGCAAUUCCAGCUGGCCCAGAGCGCCUUCACGCUGCCGUUGAGCAAACGUAUUGAGUACCUGGGCCGUGCUCGCGCCAACGCAUCAACCUUUACCCCCGAUGUCGGCCGACAGUCCCGACAGCGAUUGCUGCAGGAGAUCGGAAACCUCAUUGACGUUGCCAACAUUCAGGAUGACCUCCUGCACCGCCUGAAGGAAGAUAAGCGCAUUGCGCCAGAGCGCAAGGGUGAGGUCCUGCAGGACGUAGAUGGACCGGUGAUGGAUAUCAGCACGCUCUUCAACCAAUACGCCGACUCGGCCAGCUACUAUGACAUCUGCCUGCAGAUCUUCUACUUGGCAGACUACCGCAACGCAGCCGACAUCAAGGCCACCUGGCAACAUCUGAUCCAAGAUCUCCACGAGGAAACCCUCGCCCGCGGCACGCCGAAGCCGUACGAGGCCGUCAUCGAAAAACUCCGCAGUCUCGGCUCUCGCCUCCGUAUGUCCGACACCGUCUUCCCGGUGCGUGAGCUCCUCCCCAUCCUGGAGCGCUACAAUCUCGAGCACCAGCGCACCGAGGGAACCACCUACUGGGUCGUCGACCUGUUCCUGGAACUGGGCGUCGCCUACGAAUCCCUGUACGCCGUACUGGAAGCAAUGUAUUACACCGACGAAGCCCCCUUUCAGGGCGCAAACCGCCGGUACAUUGCGGCGGACCUAGUGUAUCUGCUUCAGGGGUGGUUCCAUGAGAGCGCGCAGCUGGGCGGGAUGGUAUUUGGGUCUGAGGCGGCGGCAGAGCGGGUCUCGGAAACCUUGUUAUUGCUGCAACAGAACCCGCAGAACGCUCCCGAGGUCCGGGAAGCGGGUGACAGGUUGCGUGCGCAGAUUUCGAGUCUCCUGCGUUAG